AUGUCUUGGCAAGGUUAUGUUGAUGAACAAUUGAUAGGAACUGGUCUCCUCGAAAAUGCAGCGAUCCUUAGUGUUGCCGACGGUAGUGUAUGGGGAGUAAAACCAUCCGACUUUAUAAAGUCUGGUGAGGGUGCCAAUAUUGUUGAACUCUAUAAAAGCCCAUCUAAUGCGUUUAGUAAAGGUAUUGUCAUUGGUGGUGUGAAAUACAUGGGUAUCAAGGCAGACGAAAGAAGUCUCUAUGGUAAAAAGGGUGCAACCGGUGUUGCUUGUGCCAAAACCAAUCAAUGUAUUAUCAUUGGAUAUUACAACGAAAAACAACAACCAGGCAAUGCGGCUCUCUGUGUAGAAAAACUUGCUGACUACCUCAUUGAUAACGGUUAUUAA